ACACGUAAUUGGAUCCACUGCAAUCAGUUAGACAAGUAUAAGUUCUGUGUUAUGAGAUUGUAAUUGAAAUAGUACAAUAAUAGAUGGCCUUUUCACGCUAAAUCUUUAACUUGAGUCCAUCUGAUAAUUCUUUCAAAAUGGACAAGGGAAAAGGUACCGGACUCCCUCCAAAGAGUCAUUUCCUAGACAUUCAUGAAGUUGUUCCCGAAGAAGGCGAGGAGGGGGAAGAACAAGUAAUGAAAACUGCAGGAAAAAUGGAUAAACGGCCACCCAGAGUCCGAGAGAUAAGAAAGCAGCAGAGGAAAAUCAUCAGCAGGCAAGUUUCUCUGGAAACAGGCGUAUCGGUUAUGAAUAAACAGUCUCAAGCCAAAACCGGAAGGGGCGUGCUUCCUAGGAGUGGAAACAGCUUUGCAGGGUACGGUGAAGUUCAUAGAUUUGGAGCUCUGAACGAUGGACGAAGAGAAAACUUUAACAUGUUUAGAACGAAAUCUACACUUGGAAAACAAAACUCAUUGCUGCCUAUAAGGAAAGACAGCGGAAUUGAUCAUGUUAUGCAGAAUCUUGAUGGUCUUGAUGGAAGCAAUUACGAGUCUGUUAACAGAAGUGUUCCUGCUGGAAGAUACUUUGCAGCUUGUACUGGACCUGAACUCGAUCAAGUGAAGGACACCGAGGACAUUCUUCUUCCGAAAGAUGAGCUAUGGCCAUUCCUGCUCCGAUUCCCAAUUGGCUGCUACGGUAUCUGCUUGGGUCUCAGCAGCCAAGCAAUCCUCUGGCUUAGUCUCUCCCAGAGUCCAGCUACAGAGUUCCUCCAUGUUACACUUUACAUCAACCUCUGCCUCUGGCUUUUAGCCUUAGCAGUUCUUUGUGCAGUUACUUUCACUUAUAUGCUUAAGUGCAUUUUCUACUUUGAAGCUGUUAAAAGAGAAUACUUCCACCCUGUUAGAAUCAACUUCUUCUUCGCCCCAUGGGUUGUCUGUAUGUUUCUUGCCAUAGGUUCGCCUCCUCUUAUACUACCCGGGAAGACUAGUCCAGCCGUUUGGUGUGCUUUCAUGUCUCCGUAUUUCUUGCUUGAGCUUAAAAUCUACGGACAGUGGCUCUCGGGAGGGAAGAGACGUCUGUCAAGAGUGGCGAAUCCAUCUUCACAUCUUUCUGUUGUUGGAAACUUUGUCGGGGCGAUUUUGGCAGCCAAGGUUGGAUGGAAUGAACCUGCAAAGUUCUUCUGGGCAAUUGGGUUUGCGCAUUAUUUGGUUCUGUUUGUGACACUGUACCAGAGGCUGCCAACUAGUGAGGCAUUGCCGAAAGAACUUCACCCCGUGUAUUCCAUGUUCAUUGCUGCUCCUGCAGCUGCAAGUAUAGCUUGGGCCAAAAUUUACGGUGAAUUUGAUGAUGUAUCAAGAACUUGCUACUUCAUCGCCUUGUUCCUCUACAUGUUACUGGUUGUUCGUAUCACCUUCUUCACCGGCUUCAGAUUCUCAGUAGCAUGGUGGUCCUACACUUUCCCCAUGACAACCGCGUCAUUGGCAACCAUCAAAUAUGCAGAAGAAGUACCAUCUGUUAUCACAAAGGGACUGGCGCUGUCGCUCUCCUUCAUGUCAACAACAAUGGUGUGUGUCUUGUUCUUUUCAACCCUUCUGCAUGCAUUUUUAUGGCACACAUUGUUCCCCAAUGACCUUGCCAUUGCGAUAACAAAGAAAGGCAAUAAGGAGAAGAAACCCCAAAAGAAAUCUUAUGAUAUUAGGCGAUGGGCGAAACAAUCUGCUCUUCCGUUUGUUUCUGCUCUUAGAAAGAACAAUUCAGGCAACAAGGAUUCUGAUGGCGAAAAAGAAGGAUACGGAACCACUUGAUAGUAAUCUUGAAGAUGGUAACAGAAAUGAAGGCUACAACAUAAGAAGCCGAGACAUGUCUAGAUUGAAGAUUUCUCAUUAUACGAGCAUAUGUAGCUUAUACAUAUAAUAGGAAAUGAUAUACUAAGAGCAA